ACUGGCAUCACUUGUCCAUGUAUCAUGUAGAAUUCGGCAUAGUUCUCUGUUGUUCUAGACCUACCCACUGUGGUACCAUGCGGAACUAUGGAAGCACAAUACCCCAACUCCAGCUUAAUUGAGCCCCUGUUUGAGCCCCUACACCCCAAGCUUCGAGGUACAGAUACUUCUAGCAAGGUUCACGCGACCUUGGCGCUAGGAAGAGGAGACCAGAAGCAACGUCAAAAAAUCCGAUUUCGUCCCCUUGUACGCACAAACAGACUGGCUACGUAGCUCGCUGUGAAUCCGCGACCAUCAACUUCCCUGUCACAAAACACCACACAUUUCACAUCCUAAGGAAACAGUAUUAACCAGCCUGCAAGAUUGUUAGACCCAAACACGGUGUCCUUGACCCUUUUCAGAAGAGAGAAUAGAGUUAAAAAAACAGGGACCAUCUUGUCUGUCCACCCUCCUGCAUCCUCCACCUUCGAUCGUUUCCGUCACGCGAACAAGGCGAGCUGUGCAGAAACACCACCGCUUUUGCUCCACAACGCUGAACAACAACCAUCCACCUAUCAUACACCCUUCACGAAACCGACCCGACACUCGCUACGCGCUCUUCUACUGCAAUGCCGUCCCCUGCUGUCCAGAACCCUCCUGCCACCGCCGAGUCCAAGUCUGCUAAGAAGAAGAAGGCUAAGGCUGAGCGCACCGAGUCGCCUGCUCCCUCCGCCUCCCCUGCCCCAGAGAAGGCUGUUUCUGUAUCUGGCGCCGAUGCUUCAGAAGACGGCAAUGAAAGUCCUUAUAUUCGAGAACUCCAGAAGAACAUUCGCAACGUUAAUAAGAAAAUUGCCAAUGCCACCAAAACCGACCCCAUCAUUGACCAGCACAAGGGCAAGUCUUUAGAUGAGCUUGUGGAAGCUAAAGUAAUCAAUGCCGACCAGAGAGCUCAACGGCUGAAGAAGCCUCAACUUGAGGUCCAGCUAGCCCAGUAUGAAGAACAGCUCGCGCAGUAUAAGAAGGUCGACGAAGAGUACCGGUCUCGCUCCAUCACCGAUAAGGCCACCCUCGAGAAAACACUGACGGAGAAGUUCGAAAAAGAGAAAGCAGACGCCAUCAGUGAGCUCACUGAAAAGGUUGCUGCUGAUGCUAAACAGUCCCUCCAUGAUAGUCUGCUAGCUCUUUCCCAAUUCCUUCGUCUUGCUGCUGCCCGUAGAUCAGAGGAGGCCGAUGCUGCCCUUGAUGAGAAUAUGGCUUUGGAAGGCGUUCUCCUUAAUGUUUAUUCAGGGGAUGAGCAUGCCGUCGCAACUAUGCUUAAACUCAUUGAUGGUUCUGAUGAGAAAACUCGCAGUGUGGCUGGCGAUGAGCUGCAAACUACUUAUGCCCAGGUCAAGGCUGUGGCAACAGCCUAUAUCAGCCCUUUCGCUGCCGCUGAGACUGCACCAGAGGCAACCGAGACUGUUGCUGAAUCUACUGCCCCCGCCGAAACUGACCCAACCGUUGCUCACGCUGGCUUAACCGAGAUUGAUAGCACAGGAGCUACUGAACCCUUGACAAACGGCCAUGUUGAGCCAACACCCCAGCCUGGUGCCCUGGCCAACGCGGAUGUUUCUGACAAUGCUGCCAACGCUGCGGCAGGUUCUGAAUGGGAUGCCAACAAUACAAUGAGCUCAUCUAUUACGCAAGAGGGUUGGGUGGAAGUUCCUCGUGACCCCUCGGAGACUGAGAAUGGCUUGACCGCGACCCCUGCGGCUGCUAGCAACGUGCAGUCUUGGGCUGAUGACCAACCUGAGAGUCCACCUGAGGCACCCGCUUCAACCGAGGCUAAUGAUGGCUUCCAUCAGGUUCAGCGCAACCGUCCCCGCGGUCACGACCGUGAAAACAGUUGGAGAGGACGUGGUCGGGGAGACUACCGUGGUGGCCACCGUGGGGGACGAGGACGAGGUGGUCGCGGGCGUGGAAACGGUAUGCGAGGUCGGCCGCGACCCGAGGAGUCUUAGAAAAUUCAUCGCCGCGCGAGGGCUUGUCGAACACCGGGCAGUUUCUUUCAGAGACACCCCGCUCAUCAACGACUGUAGGUCUGUCACUAUGAUAGACUGCCCACCUCUUGAUCCCUUUAUAUCGCUGUACACUAGAUUUCUGUCUUACUGCCAUGACGCAGUUUCAGGCAUGAGAUCGCAUGUAGGGAAAAGUAUUGGUGCAUUGGGAAUGAUUGAUUGUUAGGCCAGCCAUCAUUUUUAGGAGCAAAAAGGACGGGCAUUCAAACCGGCGUCAACUGUCCCAUGAUUUCCGAGUGGGAAAGGAUCCUGUUUGAUUGUACAAUAAAUCGAUAGCAUUUACGGGAAGAAUUAUUUCCGUGUCGGGGAUUACACUAUAAUUCUAGUGAAGCCAGAUUGUGAAUGACAGUAAAUGAACUUC